AUGGUCAGGCAGUGCUCUCUGUCCCGGUUGGUCGCCGCAAAGCUGUCAAGCUUGCGUCGAACGAAAGCAUAUCGUAACUUCGGCGACAUUUGGAGGCCGAUUCUGCCCCACCUUCCCCUGGAUGUCCGAUUCAUAGCGUUCAAUCAGCGGGGGUACGACGGGUCGUCCCCGUCUCUUGAAGGCAGCGGCAUGCCUAAGCGGCAGAUGACAGAGGAAUACGCCACUGGUUUCGCGUUGUUCAUUGACCAUAUCGUGCACACCCUCGGGCUGCCGUCGACUUCGGAUGGAGGAGGGAUCAUCCUCUUAGCCUGGUCCAAAGGCUCCGUCCUAACUACAGCGCUCCUCUCCCGGAUGCUCGAUCCGACCCAGCCUCCCCUUCCUUCCCCCAUCCACACGCACCUCGCGGCCGUGCUUCUCUUUGAGCCCCCCAGCUCACUCCUCGCCCGACGCACGCCCGACCUCGACAGCGCCCUCGGCCCGCCAGGCAGCACCCCCGCCGAGGCCGCCUCUUCUUUCCUCGGGUGGUGCGCGUCCAACCCUCUGUCGGACGAACAAGCGGCCCUGGCGCGCGCCGCGUUCGAGCCCCGCAACAUCACGCACGGGUUCGAGUGGGGGCUUGCGGCUGAGACAGCGGCGCGCACGCUGCGCGACGCUGCGGUGCCGAUCGGUCUGCUCGUCGGCACGGCGACGCGCGGGUAUUUCGUCGAUGCGGCGGGGGCGAUCGCUCGGGCUUGGAGCGGUGCCCCGAACGCGCGCGUGCGGGUCGGGCUAGAAGGGGCCGAUCACGUCGCUAUGGUCGCGAUGCCAGAGCGGUUUGCCAGAGCGGUGGUUAGUGUCAGCGAGACGGUGGCGCCUGGUAAGCUCAGUCAAGAUGGUGUCAAGCAGUGUAGAAAGCGCAAGUACAACAGUCCCUACGCAGCGUUUUGA